AUGUCCACGACGCUUUUCGACGACAUUUUCCAGGUCAUUGAUGUAGACCAAGGUCGCUACAACAAAGUGUCACGUAUCGAGGCACAAUCGACGUCGCAAGAAUUCAAGCUCACCGUCGACGUCAAUACGGAGUUGUUCCCUGUACAGGUCAACGACUCCCUCACGGUGAUGCUUUCGUCUACAUUAUCUCCAGAGGGCGUGGAAAUGACCCAAACGUCUUGGAGAGCGCCUCGUCCAGGUGAAAGAACACUUGCAGACGACUACGACUACGUCAUGUACGGAACCGCAUACAGAUUUGAAGAAGUAGCCGGGAAGAAAGACCUGAUCGCUGUGUACUACUCGUUUGGUGGACUAUUGAUGCGCCUCGAAGGCAAUUACCGUGGAUUAAGCAAUCUCAAGCAGGAAAACGCAUAUUUGCUAAUUCGUCGCUAA